UCAUCAUGAUCGUGGCGCGACGUGACGUUAGAGUUGAUUAGUCGUGGUCCACGAAGUUCUGUGGUUCAUAGAGAGUUUCAUAGUUACAAGAAGGAGUGCAUCACUUUCUUUCAUUUGCGGCAGUGUUGUCUUCGAUGGUCAUGAAGCACGAUCGCCUGUUUUACUUUGCGGAAUGAAUCACUUGGUGCAACCACACUUUACUGAGACACUUCGAACGUUCUCUGGUGUCGCGGCAAACGAAGAAUGUUUUGAGGAAGCAUGUGAUGCAAUCGCCCAGAAGAAACGCUCACAGUGCGAAAAGCGUCUCAAGAAAAGUAGCGCAGUGUGGAAUUAUGUUCGGCAUACGGUGCUGUCUGUGAAGGAACCGUCGGACAUCGAUGUUGUUGUUGCCUUGCGCGAGCUACUUCGGUAUGCGCAGGAAUUCUCUGGUGGUGACUGCCUUGAAGAAGUUCUGCACGCUGCAGCACUGCAACUGCUGGAAAUAUUUGAAGGUGACCAUGACCAGAGCCAUGUUACCGAGCAUCAACGUCAGCAGCUCAAAAGGGCCUUUGGCAGCUUCUCUGCUGAACUGGCAAACAAGGCCUGCCUCUUGGUGCACAAAAUCUUCUCUUGGCUGCCGCCAGAAACGAGGCAGCUGCUGCUUGAACAGAAAUACAGCCUGGAAGACUCAUUCCCCGAGGCUGCUGAGUUUGCCCGUCGCAUCAAAGUAGGCAGCUUUCAGCCAUUUGUGGACGAUGAGGUUGAUGCGUGCUCCGAGGACGAACUGUUUGUCAAAGACCAGGCCUGCCUGGACAUAAGUUAUAAGGACCCUGUUGUGACGGAAAGCAAGCCAAAGAGCCGCUAUGAUGGCCACUGGCUGAGGGCUCAAGUGCAGGCAGCACUGUUGAAAGGUAAUAAUUUGGGUCUCUCUGUGGAGGAACUGGUCAACAUAGUUGCCCCAAUGCUCGACUCGCACCGUACCGACAAGGAACUCGAAGGAGAGAUGUAUGAAAUUUUUGGCGCCGAGUUUCUUGGUGUGAUUCAUAAUAUCCUCGACCAUCGUAAAGAGCUUGUGAAGGCCAUGAAUGCUGAUGCAUUAAACAUGGCAGAACCUUUCCCUGAUGUUGUGCCUGUCUUCAAGAACCAGCCUGCAAAGCCCACAUACGGUUGCCAAGUCACUAUUCAGUCGGAACAAGAGAAGAGUCUCAUGAAAAAAAUUCAGAAAGAGGAAAAAAGGAUUGGGCGUGAUCGUACGAAGAACAACACCAAGGAGCAAGAUGAUGACAUGCAGUUGAAUGUUGAAUUUCUUCGUAGGCAAAAGCAUGCUGAACUGAAUGCCGAACUUAUGACUGCCAAGGCUACACCAUUGCUGGCUAGGAGACCACAAGCACAUAUAGAGAGAUAUCCCAAUGUUUACGACUCCUUUGCUGAGGCCAAAAAGUCAGCUGCCUUCAUAGCAGGAGCCAAGAUGACCCUGCCCACUGACUGUAAGAUUACGUCUACUGGAAAAUAUGAAGAAGUAUCCAUACCACUUAGCAAGCCCCCGCCUCCAAACGUUGGCAACAACCUGGUUGAAAUAGCCAACUUGGAUGAGGUCUGCCAGGCAGGUUUCAGAGGUGUCAAAAAGUUGAACAGGAUACAGUCCAUUGUGUUUGACACUGUCUACAACACCAACGAGAACUUACUCAUCUGUGCACCUACUGGUGCUGGCAAGACCAACGUGGCCAUGCUUGCCAUUCUCCAUGAGGUGAAGCAGCACAUCAAUGGGAGAACACUUAAUGCAAAUUUCAAGGUUGUCUACGUGGCUCCUAUGAAGGCCCUUGCCGCUGAGAUGGUUCGCAACUUUGGCAAGCGACUUGAGUCUCUAGGUGUUGUUGUUCGAGAAUUGACUGGUGACAUGCAGCUAAGCAAGGCUGAAAUAAUGAAGACACACAUGCUGGUGACAACACCUGAGAAGUGGGAUGUGGUCACACGAAAGUCCACUGGAGACAUUGCGCUCAACCAGAUUGUCAAGCUGCUAAUUUUGGAUGAAGUCCAUCUGCUUCAUGGAGACCGAGGCCCUGUCCUUGAAGCACUUGUUGCACGGACAUUGAGACAGGUGGAAUCGUCCCAGACCAUGAUACGCAUUGUCGGGCUAUCAGCAACACUGCCCAACUAUGAAGACGUGGCCCACUUUUUGCGUGUGAACCCCCGGCAAGGGCUGUUCUACUUUGACAACAGAUUUCGGCCUGUUCCACUGGGUCAGACUUUUGUUGGUGUGAAAGCAACAUCACCUUUACAGCAACUCACUGACAUGGAUGAAGUCUGCUUUGAGAAGGUCUACUCUGUUGUCCAGAAGGGCUACCAGGUCAUGGUGUUUGUUCACUCUCGAAACUCUACUGUGAAGACUGCCCGGACUCUCAGAGACAUGGCCCAGCAGCAAGGAAAGCUUCCUAAGUUCCAAGUCCAGCAAAGUUCUCAGUAUGUGGGGGCAGAGAAGCAAAUGGGCAACUCUCGGAAUAGCGCCUUGAGGGACCUAUUUCCCUAUGGCUUUUCUGUACACCAUGCAGGCAUGCUGCGUAGUGAUCGAAACCUUGUUGAAAAGCUAUUCAGUGAAGGCCUCAUUAAUGUCCUUGUGUGCACCUCUACACUUGCUUGGGGUGUAAACCUGCCUGCUCACGCUGUUGUCAUCAAGGGGACAGACAUCUAUGACUCCAAGCAUGGCACCUUUGUGGACCUGGACAUCCUGGAUGUGAUGCAGAUAUUUGGCCGUGCAGGCCGACCCCAAUUUGACAAGGAGGGCCAUGGAACCAUCAUUACGACACAUGCAAAACUCAACAAGUACCUGUCACUACUCACCUGCCAGUUCCCGAUAGAAAGCAACUUCCACCAAAACCUGGUGGAUAAUCUCAAUGCAGAGGUCUCACUGGGCACAGUUUCAAGUGUCAGUGAAGCUGUCGAGUGGCUCAGCUAUACUUACCUCUUCGUGCGCAUGCGAAGAAAUCCUUUGGUCUAUGGACUCAAGUGCACUGCAUUGAUGGAUGAUCCAACGCUGUCCAACUAUCGGCGGGAGCUGGUUAUCCAUGCUGCCAAGGAGCUAGACAAGGCACGCAUGAUCCGCUUUGAGCCACGCUCAGAGAGUCUGGACUCGACCAACCUGGGUCGCACAGCCAGCCACUUCUAUAUCAAGCAUGCUACCAUGGAGCGCUUCAAUGAGCUGAUGGAGCGCCGCACGCUCACUGAGGCCGACGUCCUGGCUGCUGUAUCCAAGGCGCAGGAGUUCGACCAGCUGCAGGUGCGAGAGGAUGAGCUUCACGAGCUUGACUUCCUCAUGGAUGGUGGCUGCAGAGUGAACGUCGCAGGGGGCAGUGAAAACGCUUACGGGAAAGUGAACAUCCUGUUGCAGAACUACAUCUCUCGCGGCCCAGUCGAGACCUUCUCCCUGGUUUCUGACCAGGCCUACAUUGUGCAGAAUGCCACACGGAUUCUUCGUGCCCUCUUUGACAUGGUGCUAAGGGCUGGUGGGGCCAUUAUGGCAGGCCGCAUGCUGACCCUGUGCAAGGUUGUUGAGCGACAGACCUGGCACUUUGAGACCCCCCUGAAACAGUUCUCGGAGCUCAGCUGCAGUGUGCUGAGAAACCUUGAGGAGAAAGACAUGAGCCUGGAGCAAAUAAAGGACCUCAGUGGCAAGGACAUUGGCAUGAUGGUGCACAAUAUACGGGCUGGGGCAACAGUGGAGCUGUUGGCCAGGCAGAUACCGCAGAUUGUAGUGGUGCCCAGGAUCCAGCCAAUCACACGCACAGUGCUGAAGGUCCAGCUGGACAUCACUCCUGACUUUCGAUGGUGCGACCGAUACCACAAAGGGGCAGAGGCCUUCUGGAUCUGGGUGGAGGACCCAAACUCUGACGAGAUCUACCACUAUGAAUAUUUCAUUCUCACAAAACACCAGGUGAUCAAGCGGGAGAGCCAGAAUGUGGUGUUCACUAUUCCCAUCUCGGAGCCGCUGCCACCACAGUACCUGGUGCGUGUGGACUCAGACUACUGGCUUGGCUCCAACCAGACCAUCCCACUCACCUUCCAGCACCUCAUCCUGCCCGAACGACACCCACCACACACUGAGCUGCUUGACCUGCAGCCACUGCCUGUUUCUGCCCUGUGCAACACAACGUACGAGCUACUAUACCGGUUCAGCCACUUCAACCCGAUCCAGACCCAGAUAUUCCAUACGCUAUACCACACGGACCACAACGUGCUCCUGGGCGCUCCUACGGGCUCGGGGAAAACCAUUGCAGCCGAGAUUGCCAUGUUUCGUGUCUUCAACAUCAGUCCAGAAUCCAAGAUUGUGUAUAUCGCUCCUCUGAAGGCAUUGGUCAGGGAGAGGAUUGAAGACUGGAAGGUUCGGUUCGAAGAGAAGAUGGGGAAGCAUGUGGCAGAGCUGACUGGCGAUGUGACCCCAGAUUUCCGUGUCAUCACCAGUGCCGACGUCAUUGUUACUACACCGGAAAAGUGGGAUGGAAUCAGCAGGAGCUGGCACACAAGGGGCUACGUCAAGCAGGUGUCCCUCAUAAUCAUCGAUGAGAUCCAUUUGCUGGGUGAGGGCAGAGGACCAGUGCUGGAAGUGAUUGUGUCCAGAGCCAACUACAUCAGUUCCUACACGAGCCGCAAGGUUCGCAUAAUUGGACUGUCGACUGCCUUGGCAAAUGCACGAGAUCUUGCUGACUGGCUUGGCAUUGGAGAAGUUGGCCUGUACAAUUUCAAGCCUGCUGUUCGGCCAGUGCCCCUUGAAGUCCAUGUGUCAGGCUUCCCUGGGAAGCACUACUGUCCUCGCAUGGCCCUCAUGAACAAGCCUACAUACAGGGCCAUCCAGCAGCACUCCCCGGACAAACCUGUGCUCAUCUUUGUCUCCUCACGACGACAGACACGACUCACUGCUCUCGACCUGAUCGCUUUCCUUGCUGCCGAGGACAACCCUCGACAGUGGCUGCACAUGCCUGAUCACAAGAUGGACUCUGUAAUCCAGGGCGUGAAUGACCAAAACCUCAAACUAGCCCUAGCCUUUGGCAUCGGCCUCCACCAUGCAGGUCUACAGGAGAAGGACAGGAGAAUUGCGGAGGAGUUGUUUGUGAACCAAAAGAUUCAGGUUCUGAUAGCCACAGCGACCUUGGCUUGGGGGGUUAAUUUCCCAGCUCAUCUUGUUGUCGUAAAAGGCACCGAGUAUUAUGAUGCCAAGGUUUCACGUUAUGUGGACUUCCCCAUCACCGAUGUCCUACAAAUGAUUGGUCGAGCUGGCAGGCCGCAGUUUGAUGAUCAAGGUGUGGCUGUGGUUUUGGUCCAUGAUCUCAAGAAGAAGUUCUACAACAAGUUUCUUUAUGAGCCAUUCCCCGUGGAGUCAAGCUUGCUCCAUGUUUUGCCUGACCACGUCAAUGCUGAAGUGGUAGCCGGAACCAUCAGAUCAACACAAGACUGCUUGGACUACAUGACAUGGACAUACUUCUAUCGAAGGCUUCUUCAAAAUCCUACGUACUAUGGCCUUGAGAAAGUGGAACCCAAGCUAAUGAACACCUUCCUGUCAAAUCUUGUCAAUAAGGCUUUGCGCACACUGCAAGACUCCUACUGCCUAGAGGUAGACUCGGAUGAACGCACCUUGAUCUCAACAGCCCUGGGCAAGAUUUCAUCCUUCUACUACUUGAGCCAUGAGACCAUGCGGCUUCUCUAUGACCAGCUCAGUGUUGACGCAUCUAUUGAGAAGAUACUCUACCUUCUCACCCAAGUUAAAGAGUAUUCUGAACUUCCAGUCCGUCACAAUGAGGACCUCAUCAAUGGAGAUCUUGCCAAGGCGUGCCCCAUAGCCGUCGACUCUAGUUCCCUGGACAGCCCACACACCAAGGCACAUCUGCUGUUCCAGGCGCAUUUCUCACGGUUGCAGCUUCCAUGCUCGGACUAUCUCACUGACCUCAAGUCAGUCCUUGACCAAGCUAUCCGCAUCCUGCAGGCCAUCAUUGACAUAGUGGCCAACCAGGGAUGGCUGAGUCCGGCUCUGUCUGGCAUUGUGGUCCUCCAGAUGAUCAUCCAGGCUCGGUGGCACACUGACAACACGCUGCUCACCCUGCCACUCGUUGACAACUCUGUCCUUGAAGACUUUGCGUCCGUCUCGGUCAACUCUUUGCCAGAGGCCGUGCAUCUGGUGGCCAGGUCACCAGAAGUCCUGGAAAAAGCCCUGCAGGGAAGGCUCAAAGAACGAGGAUUACAACAGGUGAUGGACACCCUCAGGCAACUUCCCAAUCAGAGUGUCAGGAUCUGCAUUCAAGGAUUAUCCACUCCGACUACAAAGGAGUGGACGCAGGUCAAGCUGGAACCUCACCGGGGUCCUGUGCCAGAUGACCGAUGGCUGGCGGUGACUGGAGGCAGCGAGUACAUGCUGCAGGUGCAGAUUAGCCACCGAGACCAACGCCACUCAGGGAGAGGCAGAGGAGGAGGCACUGCUGCGCAGGCCUUGGCGCCCCACUACCCAAAGCCAAAAGACGAGUCCUGGUUCCUGGUGCUGGGUGACCGAGAGCGCAAGGAGCUCAUUGCUCUCAAGCGGACGGGCAGCCUGCGGGCCACCUGCCGACAUCACCUCACCUUUCGAGCGCCCCAAGAGGUUGGUCGAGUUGUGUACACCCUGUACCUGCUAAGUGAUUCAUACCUGGGGCUGGACCAGCAGUACUCUGUUUGCCUGAAUGUGCAGCUGGCGGGCAACAAGGCAUAGUGCCUCAAGUCAUGUUCUUGUCAAUACAUUUGUCAGCACUGUUUCAUUUUGUAGACAAGCAUUCAUGUUUUGUCUCGUGCUGUACAGUUGGCUUCAAAUAUAUUCAUUAAAGAGAACAUUCGUGGCA